AUGUUUAGAUCCGAUCUGGGCCAUGGCGGAAUGCUGGACAUGCCAAUGGAUGCCUCGCCCCUGCAUGAUGGGCAAUGGCAGUGCGAACAGUGCACGCUUGUGAAUGAGGCAGAUGCCUUGGAAUGUGCUGCUUGCGGAGCAGAGCGUUCUGCAAAUUCAGGUAACAUGCUCCCGCCGGGUGGAAGUUUCGGAGACAUAGCCUCUGGAAGGGACCUGGCCAUGGGCUCACCGCAUGGCUUCCUUCCGCCCACAGCGACAGCCACGGACGAGUCUCCCAUCCUACCACCUCAUGGGACGCAGAACUUUGGCUCCCGGAAUCUGCCACCUCAGGGCACCCUAAGCCCCAACGCCAUGGCUGACCUGAUGCCUACCCCACCGUCACAGCAAGGCUACCUCGGUGGCACUCCGCAAAACUUUGGCUUAGGAGACCUGCCCAUGGGCGACGACCGGGACAUGAAAAAGAAGAAAAAGAAAAAGAAAGAUCUAAACCAGGAAGAGGAUCUCAGUAGAACCAGAGAGGCGCAGACAGCCUCACCAUUGCGACAACGGGACUUGCUUCAGCUCCCACAAGAGAAGAGGAGGCAGCGUUCCCAGGAGGACCCGGAUGACUCAAACAUUCCAACGUAUGGCCCGGCCGUAAUGCACCCGAGCGGUGCUCUGGCAGGCAGUUUGGAGGGAAGCAAGCUCUUGCUGAGAAUCCUGCGCGCCUACAACCUUCGAAACACUGACUUGGGAAUCUUGCCCGAAGACGCCUCGGAUCCCUUUGCGGUUGCGAGGAUAGGGCCAAAGGACUUCAAGACCCAUGUCGUCGAGAACAGUCUUAAUCCUAUAUGGAAUUCACAACAAUUCGAGUUUACCUUGCAAGAUGAGCCGGAUCCGAAGCUUCAGCUGGAGGUCUUCAGCUCCAAUCACUGGCAUGCGAACGAUAGCCUGGGUCGUCUGGACAUUCCAAUACGGAGUUUGACGCCCGGCGAGACACACACGGUUGAGGAAAUGCUGGACGAAGGCGACAUCGUACGAGAGGAUCGCAAGCGUCCCCGUAUUCAAGUGGAAGUGCAGCUGCUCUGUGCCGAUCAGCUGGCAAAUCCACAGUCCAUGAGGCUACAAAAGCAAUUUCAGCACAACCUGGCUUUGCAAGAAAGCCGCAAGAAGAAGGAAAACAUGGUGCCGCUGCCAUCCUUCAAAGGUUUCGGGCCGGAAGCUUUGGCGCGGCCAGAUCACCAGUACAAGGUAGCCGAAGUUGGUGAGGCACGCCGCCUCAAUGAAUAUGAGUCUCUAGCAUGUCGAUUGGGUCAAUACGAUUACUCAGGGCCGCCGCCCUACUUUCCACGACAGCAGAUGAUUGACAAGCGACAAUGGAAAGAUGACCCUUUCUUCGGCUGGCGCAGGGAGCUGAACCGCACCGAGCACAAGUCCAUGGGGAGGGAAGGGGACCAAGGGGAGGAGCUUGAGGGGGGCGAGGCUUGGAAGGGUGACCCUUUCCACGCCUGGCGCAGUCGUGGGCCUCAGGAGGGCAACAUCGAGCAGCUCCAGGAGGCCCGCGCGGCGCGCAACUUGAUGUCACUCCCCUCCUUCUCGGAGGUACCGGCCCGGCGCUUCAAUGACCACCGAGAAUACAGCGACCACGUUGCCAGGCCACAGCCGCAACUGGCUGCAGGCCGGGCAACAAACGAUGCGCCGGAACAACGCUGGAAAGACGACGCCUUCUACGGUUGGCUGCCGGGCCGUGGUCCUCUUGAGGAGGAGCAGCACCGCUUGCGGCGACCUCUCGAGCAAGCUCGUCUUGCCCGACUCCCCUCCUUUGCAGAGGGCUCUCCCGAGCUUGCCGGGGUCACCGGACGAGGUGUUGGCAUCCUCACACUUUGGAUCAAUGCAGCCAGCAACCUGGCCUAUAGCCACGGAAGUGGCUUGUACGGGACACCCAGCCCAUGCGUCAAGGUCUCUAUCCAGGGAGACCACCGCGUGCGAGCCCACGUUCGGCAGGAAAAGUUGACGCCAACCAUUGCCAGAAACCGCAAUCCUCAAUGGAACACUCCGGCAAUGACCCUGGAGGUGCAUUCCGUUGCCGAUGUCCUGCAGCUGGAGGUGCUGGACCUUGCCAAUCCUAGAGUGGAUGAGCACAUCCAUCACUACUUCCUGGGCCGCGCUCAGCUUCCCAUUCAGCGCGUCAUUGCAGCCGUCCACAGAUCCAAGAAUCCUACUCGGCCGCUACAACUGCGCGAAGGCUUGGAAGGUUCACAAGCACAGGCCCAGAUCGACUUCGAGUGCUUGUACGAGGCCUAUGACACGGAAGCCUCGCCGGCAAGCCAAACCCUGAGCCCCGCAAGGGACCCAAGGGACCAACGGGACCGGUUCCAGUCGCAGCUUUCGGCCAGUCCCCAGAGCUCGCCUGGGAAGCGGCAGACAUCGGACAUGGGAAGCCUUGGCAUCCUCUCGGUUCGCAUCAUUGCUGCGUACAACCUAGUUAACGCAGACACUGGCAUUCUGGGCGACGUCUCUGAUCCGUAUGUAACCGUACGACUGGAGAGCCAGAGCGACAAACAACGAAAGCGAACUCACACCAUCAACAAUGACUUGAACCCCAAGUGGAACUCGUCCCCCUUCCUGUUUCCGAUCCAGCAUCCCGAGGAUCAGCUGGUACUGGAGGUCUACGAUGAGGACAUGAUGGGGUCUGACGAUUUCCUGGGCCGCAUGAAGAUCCCACUGUAUCGCAUCGUCCACGGCCGCGCAAAUCAGCCAGUCCGAAUCCGAGACCAGCUGCAGGACAUCGAGACCGGUGAGCUGGAGUUGGAGGUAGGAUUCUCUCCUGGAUAG